AUGUGGUGGCUACUGAAAACAAUGUGCUUUGUGCAUAUCCUUGGCAAUAUAUUGUGUCUACCCUAUAAAAAACACAAGAAUCCUGAAGCCAAUAUGAAUACUAAGCAGAUAAUUUCUUACUGGGGAUAUCCAAGUGAAGUAUAUGAAGUCUAUACUAAAGAUGGUUACAUCCUUGAAGUCUGCCGAAUUCCUCAUGGGAAGAACAAAGAUUCUCAGUUAGGGCAAAAGCCAGUAGUAUAUUUACAGCAUGGUUUCCUUGCAACUGCUGGCAUCUGGGUUGCCAAUCUCCCCAGCAACAGCCUGGGCUUCAUACUGGCCGAUGCUGGUUACGAUGUGUGGAUGGGAAACAGCAGAGGAAACACGUGGUCCAAGAGACACCUGUAUCUAGACACAGAUUCUAAAGAAUUCUGGACUUUUAGUUAUGAUGAAAUGAUCAAGUAUGAUCUUCCAGCUACCAUUGAUUUCAUUUUGGAGGAAACAAGACAGAAGCAGAUUUACUACGUGGGCCAUUCCCAGGGCACCCUCAUCGCUUUUGGAGCAUUUGCAACAAAUCCUCAACUGGCCCAAAAAAUUAAGGUUUCUUUUGUAUUGGCUCCGAUUGCUACUGCUAAAUACAUAGCAGGUGGUUUGCAAGCACUUUCAUACCUUCCCCCAGGAGUAUUCAAGCUCAUAUUUGGUGAAAAAGAAAUUUUACCCUAUUCACAUUUCAAUGAUGUUACUAAGAAACUAUGCAGCUAUAAGAUAUUUCAUUUUCUGUGUAACAGUAUAUUUACAUUUUUUUAUGGAUAUGAUCGAAAAAAUUUGAAUGAGAGUCGCUAUGAUGUGUAUUUGCAACUCAUGCCAUCAGGCUCGUCUGUUCAAAAUUUGCUACACUAUUUUCAGGCUAUUCAUACAGGUACAUUUCAAGCUUAUGAUUAUGGAAGUGCUUCUCUAAAUUUUCAACACUAUAAUCAGUCCACUCCUCCAGAGUACAAUGUGGAAAACAUGAAGGUCCCGACUGCAAUGUGGAGUGGUGGACGAGAUGUUUUAGCAGAUCCCAGGGAUGUUCAAAAUCUGGAACGCAGAAUUUCUAAUCUCAUUUACAAUAAGGAAAUCUCUUACUAUAAUCAUAAUGAUUUUCUCAUAGGUAAGGAUGCUCCUACUCAAGUUUUUAGUGGUAUCCUCAAAAUUCUCAGUGAAACUAAAGGAGAUUGA